AUGUAAUAAAAUGUUUCUGUUAGCAAUUUAGAAGAUGUAGCUAAAUUUGAUUUGAAAACAGUCAGCCAUCUUAAUAUAUAAUUUAAGGAAUAUUAUAUUUUAGAUAAAGGGAUAAUUCUACUAAAUUCUUAUUUAUAACAGUGCUAAUUAAUUCAAACUCUGAUAUUGAAUUUUGAAAAUAAAGCAAUUAAUGGCAAUUAGAUUGUUUUACUGUUUAAAAAUCUCCCAGAAUUUAAAAAUUUGACAACCUUUUAGUUAAACUUAAAUAAUUGCUACAUUGAUUUAUCAUAUCCUUAAGGAGCAAAAGCACUAAGUGAUUUUCUUGAAAAGUGUUAGAAUCUAACAAAACUCUAACUCUUGCAUAAUGGAAAUUAAUUUGAUAACUAAGGUUUAGCAUUAAUAAUAGGCUCUCUUGUUAAAUUAAAAACUAUCCAAGAUUUAUAGAUAGACUUAGGAGAUGUAUAACUUGAUAACGAAACCGCUUCUUAAUUAAGUAUUGCUUUAAGCUUUUUUCAGAAUUUGGUAAACUUAAAGCUAGAUUUAAUACAUUGUUCAAUUUCUGAUGAUCAAGUAUGCUCUAUCAGCGAAGGAAUUAGUAAUUGUAAAAAUCUUUAAAAAAUAGACUUUAACUUAGGAUAAAACUCAUUGAGCAAAAAAGGGGUAUCUGGAAUAUAAAAAUGGAUGAUUAAUUGCUCUGAGCUUACAUAAUUGCAUUUACAUUUGUGGGGGUGUUAAUUAGGUGAUGAAGAGGCUAAUUUGAUAGGUGAAGGUUUAAAAAAAUGUAAAAACCUAGUUGAAUUAUUACUUAGUUUGUCAAAAAAUAAAAUCUAAGACUAAGGUGUCUCUAGCAUUGGAAUAGGAUUGAGCAACUGUACAAAAAUUGAAAGUUUGAUUUUUUAUAUAUGGGGAAAUUAAAUUGGGAAUAAAGGCUCAUAAACAUUAGGGAUGGGUUUGAGUAAUUUUUAAAAUCUGAUAAACCUGGAGUGCUCGUUUUAAUAAAAUUAGUUUAAUCAAGAAGGAGCUCUUAGCAUUUUGUCAGGGAUAAAAAAUUACACUCAAAUUUAAAAAUUACAGCUCUAUAUCGGGUCAAGCCAUUUUGGUUUACAAGGGGCAUCUGAAAUAGGAAGAUGGUUGUCUAAAUGUUAAAAUCUAUCAACUAUUGAUUUAAGUUUUGUUGAAUGUAAUAUUGGUGAUGAAGGAGUUUCUAGCAUAGCAUGUGGAUUGAGUUAAUGUCCAAAUAUUUCAAUUAUAGAGCUUUAUUUAGGGGAAAAUAAUAUUAGCCAAGUCGGAGCUAUUGAAUUCAGUAAAUAUAUUUAGAAAUUAGAAAACGUAAAAGAUUUUCUUUUAAGUUUAAGAGACAAUAUUAUUAGUGAAGAAGGAUAUUUAAGCAUAGGAUAAUCUUUAAGUAAGCUGACAAAUAUGCACACUUUAAGAUUAAAUUUAUCAAAUUGUUCAAUUUCUGAUGAUCAGAUAUGCUCUAUCAGCGAAGGAAUUAGCAACUGUAAAAAUCUUUAAAAAAUAGACUUUAACUUAGGAUAAAACUCAUUGAGCAAAAAAGGGGUAUCUGGCAUAUAAAAAUGGAUGAUUAAUUGCUCAGAGCUUAUAUAAUUACAUUUAAAUUUAUGGAGCUGUUAAUUAGGUGAUGAAGAGGCUAAUUUGAUAGGUGAAGGUUUAAAAAAAUGUAAAAACCUAGUUGAAUUAUAACUUAGUUUGGCAAAAAAUAAAAUCUAAGACUUAGGUGCCUCUAGAAUUGGAAUAGGAUUGAGCAACUGUACAAAAAUUGAAAGUUUGAAGUUGUUUAUAUGGGGAAAUUAAAUUGGAAAUAAAGGCUCAUAAGCAUUAGGGAUGGGUUUGAGUAAUUUUUAAAAUCUGAUAAACUUGGAGUGCUCGUUUUAACAAAAUUUUUUUAAUCAAGAAGGAGCUCUUAGCAUUUUGUCAGGGAUAAAAAAUUACACUCAAAUUUAAAAAUUGCAGUUCUAUUUACCGUCAAGCCAGUUAGGUUUAGAGGGAGCAUCUGAAAUAGGAAGGUGGAUGUCUGAAUGCUAAAACCUAUCAACUAUAAGUUUAAGUUUAGAUGAUUGUAAUAUUGGCGAUGAAGGAGUUUCUAGCAUUGCAUGUGGAUUAAGUUAAUGUCCAAAUAUUUCAAUUUUAAAGCUUUAUUUAGGGUAAAAUAAUAUUAGCCAAGUCGGAGCUAUUGAAUUCAGCAAACAAAUUUAGAAAUUACAAAAUACAAAAGAUUUUCUUUUAAGUUUAGGAGACAAUAUUAUUAGUGAAGAAGGAUAUUUAAGCAUAGGAUAAUCUUUAAGUAAGCUGACAAAUAUGCACACUUUAAGAUUAGAUUUAUCUGAUAGUGAAUAUUUUCUGAAAUCUAAGCAUUUGUUAAAUUGCUCAAAUAUUAGAAUUUUGGAGGUGGAUGUUAGUUCUUGCUCAAGUAAUAGUGAAAAAUCAUAUAAUUACAGAAAAGCAAAUAAACUGAAAAGAUUAGUAAAGUUAAAUAUUAAAUAUGAUUAUUGA